UUAGUAGAGCCGAGUUCACCUUUUCCCUCUGCCUGUGUUUACCCCGGCCAGCUGUGCCAUGCCGCUGUGUGCCCGCCCCUUCCCCGGUCCUGUCUAGCUGUGGUGCUGUCUUGCUGUGGUGCUGGCUUAAUUACACGGCUCUGGGUCUUCUUUCUCAGCACACAGGAGAGAGCAGUGAUGGGGCGGCAGGUGUCAACAGCAGUGUCCGACCUGGCCCUGGCAGCGUCGGCAGUGUGGGGCUUCCGGGCGCUGAGUCUGCUGGUGGGUAUUGACCGGCGGUUUGGCAAGUGGUGGUUCAUGCUGCAGACUCUGGCGGCAACUCUCGGCACUGUCAGGUUUGGCCAGUUGAUGCCGAGCUACCAGUCGUCAGUGGAGCGGUAUCACAAGAACUUCUCGUGGCUGUGUCGGGCCAUCGGUGUGCCCUGCCUGGCUGCUGAGGUGUGCAUCAUGACGGGCCACAACACUCCGGGCCAGGGCUUCCUGGUGCUUGCUGUGGCUUGCUUUGUUGCCUCGUCCAUCAAGAGUCGACACAAGGACAAGAUGGUGGAGCUGGUGAAUGUGCUGUCAGUCCUCACCAUCAUAGGCUUGGCUGUGGCAGGAGGACGCAUCAUGUUUGUCUGGGCCGGCGCACUGUUCGUCACCUCAGCGCUGGUGGGAGCCGAGGGGGAGGUGUUUGGGGUGCAGCGAGUGGAUGUCUUUCACUACUUGCUGGUGGGGGUCAACUACUUCCUGGUGGAGGGCUUUAGGGGGCCCUCUGUGGCAGCAUCCUAAGGGUGGAGGCUGCUCUGGUGUAGCUCCCUCUUCACCUGCCAUCUGCUGUUUAUAUGCUUGUGUAUGUACGUGUGUGUGUGUGUGUGUGUGUGUGUGUGAUAUUCUCUGAACAUGUGCAGAUCAGUGGAUACCAUUUCCAAGUAUGAAUUCUUUAGAUACUCACAGAAGACAUCAAUGUUGUCUGAAAGUAUAAGAUUUGAUAGAGUACAGUACUAAUGCUGGUGAUGCUCCCAUGCUGGUGGUGUCACUGGUGUCUGGUGUUGAUGUGUCUUGAUGUGACAUGUCUGGGUUAGGUAGGGCUAUGAUAACACCAGGCAUUAGCUCCUCCUAGUCAUGGUGUGAUCCUGUGUGUGUGUAGGAGAUAGGAAUGAUAGUGUGUGUGUGUGUGUGUGUGUGUGUGUGUGUGUGUGGUUAAAUUAAUUCCUCUUUUAUUACUUUUGUUAUUGAUAUUAAGUAUAUAGUGAAUGCAUGUUAAAUUAAUGCAUUCUUUUAUACUAUUGUUAUUCAUACUAUGCCUACAGUCUGUGUGUGUGUGUGUGUGUGUGUGUGUGUGUGUGUGUGUGUGUGUGUGUGUGUGUGUGUGUGUGUGUAGGGUAAAGAAUUAUUAUACUGGCCAAGUUUAGCCUGUGGUGGUGCCAAAGGUGUGUCUUUUAAGGGAAUGUUAAGAAAUCAAUAAGAUACUCUCCACAUUUCUUUUAUAAUCGCACUAUAAGCUUCCUUCUGGUCACCUCACCCCUUCUUUGCUCCGAGGAAUCUUUGAAGUAACUCCCUUAAAAAAAUUCCUGCAGUUGUCGCCAAGGAAGGAUAGGAGUUAUGGUGUACACAACUUUGGAUUAAGUAUGGCUUUAUUCAAUGACUGGUGUGUGUCUGAUAAUUAAGUGUAUAGUCAGUUUUUUAGUCACUUUGGGGGUGUUAGUACAGUGUUGCCCUUGUCACUGUGGCAGCAAAGUGUGUUUCCUCUGGUGAGACGUGGCAGUCAUCAUUGGUACAGUAUAUGCAGCUUUGCCCAGACGUGUGGUUCUGUAAGUUUACCUCAUGUUAAAGCAGGAAAAGAUAACUUAUGUGUACAGUUUGUCACUUAAUAGGAACAAAGAUGAAAAGGUUUCUUUCUCUCUCCCCCCAGCCAGUUUGCAUUCCUUGUUUUACCGCCACACUUGCCCACCGCUGCACUCAAGUCUAGUGUAGUGUGACAUGAACAAGUCUGGCAAUGGGUUGGUUUGUUUCAUUAACUAAUUGUCUUGAGGUUCUAUAAUAAAUCUUACAUGGUUUAUCUUACUUCUGUCAAGUUUUAUUAAAUUGUGAAAUUGA